AUGUCCGUUACACAAGCGCUUACAAGAGACUCUUCCGCCUCCCGCAAAGCGCCCGCCAGCAGCAACUCCAGCGCUGCGCCAGAGCGGACUCGUCUGCAUAUCACGCCCUUCACGCCAGAGCUGCUGAAGGCCUUCAUUCCACCCUCCGUCCUGCCGCAAGCCUCGCAAAUUUCCUACCACGCCGUGCAGACCUUUCCCGAGAAGGGCUUCGGCUACGUCGAACUACCCACCAUGGAAGCGCAAAAGCUCAAGAAGAAGCUCAAUGGCUCGAUCUUAAAGGGGCAAAAGGUCCGAAUUGAGGAAGCGCGCCCGGAGAAGCGCAAAAAGAUAUUGGAGGAAAUACAAUCAGCGGCCGAGGCGGGUAUGGAAGAGGAAGAUCGCAAGGCCGGUAAGAAGGUCAAGAAGAUCAAGCGAAAGGACGGCGUAAUCCCAGGAUAUGAGCUGCCUGACGAGAGACACGUCAAGCGCGGCUGGACAGAGCCUGAGACCAAGAAGGACUACAAGCGCAAGGAAAGGAAGGACAAGGACAAGAAAGAGAAGAAGAACAAGUCGCAGCCUUCAAAAUACACCGCGGAUAAGGAGCUCUUGUUCAAAACGAAGCUGCCGCCGAAUGCAGUUCCGACUGCGAAGUCCGACAAGGCGUUGGAGAAGCCCAAGAAAUCGAAGAAAUCUUCGCGCGAUGUUGUCGUCCACGAAUUUGCCAAAACAACAAAACACGCCAGCUUCUUGAAAAGUAGUCAGGUCUCGAAGGACGUCAAGACAGCUGCCGAAUUUGUCGAAGGCAAGGGAUGGGUCGACGAAGAUGGCAAUGUUGUGGAGCAGGAGUCUGAGUCGCAGCGAAGGCGAAGGGAAGUCAAGGCGGAGGCAAAGCGGAAGCGUGCUGAGGAAAAAGCGGCCGCCGCCGCUGCCGCCGCCGCCGCUGUUGCGGAAAAGGAAGCGAAGAAGUCCAGGAGGAAGUCUGCCCUUGAGCGGGCAGAGGCUCUUGAGACGAAGCGGAAGACGGCGAAGGCGUCAGAGUCAACCGACGAGUCGUCGGACAUCGAGGAGGAUGUCUCGGACGAUGGUUCCUCGGUUGUCUCUACGAGUUCGUCCGACGUCAGCAGUAGCAGCGAAGAGGGGUCUGAAGAAUCAUUUCCGUCCGAGGCUGAAUCAGAAGUCGCACAAGACGAAGCCGAAGAAUCUUCUUCGGAAUCUGAGCCACAAGUAGCACACACCAAGGCAGCUGAUCAGGACAACAUUCCUCGAGGAAGUCCAGGCGGAGACGUGGAAAUGACCGAUUCCACAGGAAAAUCCGGAGACGCCGACGAGAAGGAGGCGAAAGAAGUCCAUCCUCUAGAAGCUCUGUUCAAACGCCCCAAACUUCCGGAAGGAGGCACACCGACCAAGCUCACGCCCAUUAAUACUUCAUUUAGCUUCUUUGGCGGUGGCGACGACGAUGAAGAGGCGGUGGAAGAAGCAAACCCGCCGCUCACGCCAUACACGCGGCAAGACUUGCAAAUUCGUGGCAUGCGUAGCGCCGCACCUACGCCUGACACAGCGGCUAUUGGCAAGAGAUUCUGGCGAACCGCUGGCGAUGACGAGGAGGAAGAAGAGGAGGACGAGGAGGUGGAGGACAGCAUGAUGCAGGUUGAUGCCAAUUCGGUGCCUAUCGGGAGCAGGGGACCCGAGAUUACCAGUGCACCGGCACAAGGCACAGAGGAGGCGGAGCAGAGCGAAUUCGCGAAACAUUUCUGGGAACACCGCGGCGACUACAACAGAGCAUGGAAAAAGCGCAGGAGAGAGGCAAUGAAGGUACAGCGCCAGCGCGAGAACCGGCGAUUGGGAAGGAAGGUCGUCUAG